ACUGCAACGGAAGCCGUCCUACAGUCCCCUCCAGCGUGCUGCGUGCUCAGAGUGUGAGCUCCGGGAUACCAUCUUCGAUCGAGUUUUGGGACAUGUUCGAUUUCGAUCGUGUAGUUGUGGACCAAAUGUUGAUAAUGAGUUACUGCAAGUUCGGGUUGGUUUAGCCUGAGCGAUUGUACCAUGUACGGAGGUUCUGCUCGUUGUACCAGGAGCUUUCAAAUGCAGCCAGAGAUGGAAAUAAGAGAUUUGGUUCAAUUGUGGAUUCUGAAUUGGUCACGAUCAACGACUUGUCGCUGAAGGAGGAGAUGGAUUUCUCGACAAUUUGACAAUGUGAAUUCAUGCCAGUGCAAGCAUGGAUAAGUUUGUCGUUCGCGCGACGGACCCUUCUGAUCUGCCUCCAGGCAAUCAACUGUCCAUCAGACCGGAGCGACCAUGGUGCUCUACAACGGGGUGUAAAAAGAGAGUGACAUUGCUGUCUGCGUACGAAAUUCAUGGCAGAAUUUUGCCCGCCUUUAAGCCUUUUCUCACUAGACUUAUGCUCAGUUCAUACUCAGAGUUUGCAGCCCUCAAUCAGGAUCAGAAACAUCCAAGUUGGUUUCCUUCUCGACAACCUCGCACUAACGUCAUCAGCCCCUUCGUCACGACUAUUGACUUUGAUUCAAAGGGAAUCUAUCUAGCCUCCGGAAAUAAUGCUGGCCGGCUCUUUAUCCAUGAGUUUGAAACUUUAUAUUGCAACGCUGAAAAAGGUUCAGAUCAAAGUAGGGCUCUCUAUCUCCGCUGCUUUCCAGUGGACAAGGCAGUUCAAGCAGUAAGGUGGAACCCGUCAAACGAGGAUGAAGUAAGAGAAUCAACGAGUAUAAAGUUGGAGGCCUAAAUUCCUGUAUUCUGCUGACUUCUCUUGUUUUGGUUUUGGUAUUGUACGAUUCUCUAGAAUCAGUAAGUCGAAAUGGGAGAGAGCAGUGCUAUUUUUUUUCUUGCAAAUCAACCUUUCUUCGGUGAAUUGGAAUUCUUCAUCAUCCUUCUUGUAUAUGGAACUUGCAUGUGUCAAGUAAUUUUUUGUCAUGUGUUUCAGGUGGCUUGUGUAACAACUGGGAGUAAUCUAGUAUACUUCUAUGACGUAGCAUGCGAAACCUUUUUACCGUCAGAGGUGUCUUAUCUCAACCAUAACAAAGAGGGAAACCACAAGAAUCUUCGUUUGCCCAUUUAUCAUGGCAUACACUUCUUUGCAGGCAUUUCUGCUCUCUUAAAUGGUUCAAAUAUUUUUCAUAUCCAAAAUCAGGAAAUAGUUCUUUGUUUUUUUAUGGUGGAUUUCCGUGUUCACCAUUUUAUGGUCUGAAUACGUGAGGAAUAAUUGUAACUGAAUUAUUGUUCGUGCUGCUUAUCUUCGUCAUUCCACUCUGGGCUCUAGCAUUUUCUGUUUCUUGAGGACUCAUCCUUGAAGAGCACUCCAAUUGUUCAGGUGCUGAAAGUAAAGUCACUUUCCGGCUGGGGAGAGUUGGGGGGUUCCGUAGGACUAUUUGACCUCGCAUUCUUCAAGAUCGGAAAAUCAAGGUAGAUAUCAUGAGUACUACUUUUGAAAGCUAGCAGAUCUUUGAAGAUUGUGCAUUCACUAAUUUGUCAUUCAUCUACUUGGAUGAAAGCAUAGCAGGUACACAAAAAGAAGGAAACCAGAAUGAAAAGUUCUGUAAAUUAGUAUCUCUGUCUUCUCUGUGUCGGAGAAGAAACUUGUGAAACUGCAAGGGACUAAGUGGGAAAGAUGUUAGAAGAAUUCUUUGAAUGAAAAUUGAGAAAUUGAGUAUCGAAGUAGAGUAUUGUUUGUCAUAAAUCUGCAUUGUCCACACAAACUAUAUGUCCUGAGGUAUGCAUAGUAGUCUCUUUACGUGUCUCAUCCUAAACAACGACUAACAUAAAGAUGGUCUGAUAAAAUCUUCAGGGUUUUAGACCGGGAUUCGUGAAAGGUGUAUACCUCAUGUACUUCCCUCUUUCAAAACCUUCUGUUUGAUAGAAACCUAUUUUUCUUCAAUUCACAUGCCCUCCAGUACUUCUACAAGUAGUGGCUGAACAUUUACGUGACAAGGGUUCAAUAAUUUCACGAGGUAGAUAGAAGAUUGAUUUUUUCCACCUUGAUAACCACAACAUUCAUGGCAAAAGCAGUCUGAGGACCGUUGGAUGAUGGUUUGUUGACAAACACUGAAGUGUCUACGGAAAAUGUGGUUAGUUUUCAAAGCAGCCGAUAUGGCCUCAAAACAAGAUCAAGUUUUCACGUGUUUUGAUGAUCACAGACUUCUUGAGAUUUUGCUUUUCCAUAAUAUGGGGUAGUGGAGCUCAUCCCGGAACAUCUCAGAUUUACACUCUUCCUUUCGAAUAUACUCGGAAGACCUUCAUCUCUGGGUGGGUUCCUAAAUUUGCUCCAUCCAUCUUGUGCCUAUGAGUCAUCUGUAAUGUAGACUGUUAUCGUAAAGCGAAGGAAGUCUCCAUCACAUACGUUUCAAGAUCAAAUAGUGAAGUCGGUUUUUGACUUGAAGAGCCUUCUUGCUUGGCAGACACUCUUGUGUAUCUAGAGCACUAGAGGUGAAUUAAACAAUAACACUGGGCUAGGCCAGUUCAUGACAAACGCAUAUCGCAAAAAUGUAGAGUCUCGACAGACUUUGCCUGCAAUUAUGGUGUCAUCUCAAUAGCCGGUGAGGAUAUCUCAGUGUUUACUUCUAGCGUUUCAUACUCGUCACUUUUUCAACCUUUCUGAUAACUUUCACUGGUCAUUCAUGCAUUAAGGAUGUGUGCGGGAGGGACAAAACUUUGAUCGAGUGCAGUUAGGCAUUAGAAAAUGUUUUCUGCUUCCAGCUUUGCAUCUUUAACUUGACAUGUAAGUUGCUUUUUUUUAAGCGAGCACUGACAUCUCACAAGUUCGAGGUGAAGAGCUUUCAGGUCUACUGCACUAGAACAAGCAACAUGUCUGCAAAACUGUGCUAACUUUUAUUUUGACACUUCACAUAUGUGAAACUCACCGUUUUCAUGCAGACUUGUGGCUUGUGGAAAAGAUGGCCGAGUGCACCUCUGGGAUCGACGAAGCAGUAAGGCGUCCUAUGCGACUAUGACUGUACAUGACACUGAACCGAGCCGAGGAUUGAACAGCAUUCAGUUGUCUAGUGAUGAGCAGAUGCUUUAUUGCGGAAGUGAAGGAGGAUAUAUUUACUUGUGGGAUUUGCGAGGAGGGAAGAAUUCGGCCUUUGUAUCGUCUGCUAAGGAUUAUAACCAACCUGUCGCAGCUAUAAGGAUUGAAAACCAGCUGAGAAAGAUUUCCAGCCUAAGGGCGCAGACGGAUAUUUGCCCUAGCUCGGUUGAUGCAAUAUCUUUGAAUCCAGCUUGUGAAAAGCAGCUUGCUUUCCAUCUCAGCUGUGGCUGGUCAGGGGUUCUAGAUAUGAGUACCUUAGACGUGACUCAUAUCCACUGUCCACCUCCCCCUUGGUCACAUAUAAUGAGUGACCAGAGGGAUUCGAUUUCAGUAUUUUCAACUCCGGGAGUUGCAACAGUUCCAACUUUUCAACCUCGGACCGAUGUUCGUCGGAGGAAGCCCGUGUGGCUAAAUACCUUCCCUGUGUAUGCUGUCGGAUCUGGAUCAGAUUCUAAAGUUCAUAUGCUUGAUUUCACGCUUGGGCCCAAGUCUCGAUAUUCCUUAGACCAUUACCGAUCUAACAGUGAGAAAGAGUGGCAAACAGAACUACGGACCUCAGAGGCAGUGGUUGCCAUUGCAUCUCACCCUUUGAAUGAUACUUUGGUUGCUGGUUGCGAGGAAGGGAAGCUGUUACUGAUAGGUCAGAAAAAGUCUUCCGUAGCAGAACACGAGAUCAGUGAAAUUGAUUUGGAGUCGAAGGUGCCAUCGGGAGAGGGUUCUGCAUUCGGUGCAAAGGCAGAAUAAUGCACCCUAAUCUCUUGCAUCAGAGCUUUGUCCCUAGUGUAAGAAACGGUGGUUACAUCAACAACAGGGCCGAGGUUUUGACUACGCAUGCGAAACUUGCGGCAUGAGUCGGACUCCAUAGCUCACGGUCGGCACGAGACAACUUCACUAUCUCGUCAAAGCUUUGACUCGAAGCUCUUUAAUGUGGAGCCAUAAAAGUUCUACUCUGUUCAAAAAAACGAACCUUCUUACGGUGUUACCAAAAGGCCUAAGGAUCUAGUACAAGGGCACGACGCAGAAAGUUUUGCAAAGUCGGAGGUCAAUGUACAUUGAGAAAUAUCCAAAAUUUUCAAUAAAGAGCCAAGGAUUUAUGCUUUGGACUUGGGCUACC